UAUAUUCCCACAAUGCUCUGCUCCUUCUCCGGCCGCCUUUCAAAGAUGUCGCCGCUGUUAGUUCCCCUGCAAUGUGGAUAUCACUUCCAAAGAAGAAAACUAGCCGUGUUAGUACAGCAAGCCAGCUGCUAUCACCUUCUGAGGCACAACAAUGACCAGAAAAGUAGAACAUAUUAUAAAAGGCAAAACACAUUCCAGGUUCCACAGUCGUGUAUAAGGCAGGCUGCGUGGCAAAAUGUUGGGCGUGACAAUUGUAAACAGUUGUUAGAUGCUGCAAAGGGCCUGCAGGGGUGGCAGGUAGUAGACAAGCGGACAUGCUGGCACGGGAACGCGGGUGGGCGUCUUCACUCGGAUCCAAAAAAUGUGUUGAAGGAGGUGCAUGCUGGCAAGAUUCUAGCAGCAAUGUUGUCAUAUGUUUGGCCAAAGGACAGGCCAGACCUCCGUGCUCGAGUUGCCAUCUCACUGGUGCUUCUUGCAAGUGCAAAGAUGAUGAAUAUAGUGGUUCCCUUCAUGUUUAAAUAUGCAGUAGACGGUCUCAACCAGAUGUCGGGAAACAUGCUGAACCUGGAUGACGCUUCGAAUACAGUUGCAACCAUGGCAACGGCUGUUCUGAUUGGCUACGGAGUUUCACGUGCUUGUUCGUCUCUCUUCAAUGAACUACGGAAUGCCGUGUUUGGAAAAGUAGCUCAGAGCUCCAUCAGGAGAAUAGCCAAGAAUGUCUUUCUGCACCUUCACAACCUGGAUUUGGGAUUCCACCUCAGCCGGCAGACGGGAGGACUCUCCAAAGCCAUUGAUCGGGGCACCAGAGGCAUCAGCUUCGUGCUGAGUGCUUUAGUCUUCAACUUGGGGCCCACUCUGUUUGAAGUUGUACUCGUCAGUGGGAUUUUAUAUUUUAAAUGUGGGGGCCAGUAUGCAUUAGUCACCCUGGGCACACUGUCAGCUUAUGCAGCGUUCACAGUGGCAGUUACGCAGUGGAGAACUCGGUUCAGAAUAGAAAUGAACAAAGCUGAUAAUGAGGCAGGAAAUGCUGCCAUUGACUCGCUACUCAAUUAUGAGACUGUGAAGUAUUUUAACAAUGAGAAAUAUGAAGCCGAGAAAUAUGAUGGGUAUCUGAAAGUCUAUGAAGCGUACUCAUUGAAGACCACCUCGACGCUCGCAAUGCUGAACUUCGGGCAGAAUGUUAUCUUCAGCGUCGGCCUCACUGGUAUCAUGUUGCUUGCGAGCCAGGGGAUCAUGUCAGGGAACCUGACGGUGGGAGACUUGGUGAUGGUCAAUGGGCUGCUGUUCCAGCUGUCUCUCCCUCUGAACUUCCUGGGCACUGUUUACAGAGAGACCAGGCAGGCCCUCAUUGACAUGAACACCUUGUUCCUGCUACUCAACACUGACACCAAAAUUAAGGAUAAGGACCUGGCCCCUCCUUUGAUGAUAACUCCCCAGGACGCCACCAUCAAGUUUGAAGACGUGUAUUUUGAGUAUCAGGAAGGCCAGAAAGUCCUGAACGGCGUGUCGUUUGAAGUGCCAGCGGGGAAGAAGGUGGCCCUUGUAGGCGGCAGUGGGUCAGGGAAGAGCACAAUAGUAAGAUUGCUGUUCCGUUUUUAUGAACCCCAGAGAGGAAACAUCUACGUUGCUGGUCAGAAUAUCAGAGAAGCCAGUUUGGACAGCCUAAGGAAAGCGCUUGGGGUUGUACCACAGGAUGCUGUUUUAUUCCACAACACAAUCUUCUAUAACCUUCAGUAUGGGAACAUCAAUGCAUCGCCUGAGGAAGUGCAUCAGGUGGCAAAACUAGCAGGAAUCCACGAUGCCAUCCUGCGAAUGCCCAAUGGUUACAAUACACAAGUCGGGGAGAGAGGACUGAAACUGUCAGGAGGAGAAAAGCAAAGAGUAGCCAUUGCCAGAGCUAUCCUGAAAAACCCCCCUAUCCUCUUGUAUGAUGAAGCCACUUCGUCUCUGGACUCCAUCACUGAAGAGAAUAUACUAAGUUCUAUGAAAGAGAUGGUAAAAGACCGCACGUCCAUCUUCAUCGCUCACAGGCUGUCUACUAUUGUAGACGCAGAUGAAAUUAUUGUCCUGAAUCAGGGUAAAGUAGCAGAGCGGGGCUCUCACUACGAACUCCUGAGCAACCCAAACAGCCUGUACUCAGAUCUGUGGAACACGCAGAACAGCAAGAUCCUGAGCAGCAAUGGCAAGCCGGAUGAGAAGAGCGAGAGGCUGACCAGGAAAGAGGAGGAGAGGAAGAAACUGCAGGAGGAGAUCCUCAACAGUGUGAAGGGCUGCGGGAACUGCUCCUGCUAAAGAGGGGCCAGCUGUACAGUGGAUAUUAGUUUGCUGCAGUGUUUUGCACUGGUACUCAGAUGUGAGCUGAUUAUAGAACACACUGACCUUCUCUCUUCUUGUUUUAUAAUUGUGUUUGGCUGUUCUUGGCAGCAUAUUGGUUUGAAUCCAUGUUCAUAAGCCAAAUCUGUGUUCACAUCAAGCAAGACUGUCCUCCCAAGUGCUAGCUAUCUAUCUUUCUCUCUAUCUAUCUAUAUAAAAUCUCAAAAAAUGCUAUUUGUAAUUCGAGUUAUGAGGUAACACUUUUUAAAAUGAAUGAAUGGAAGGUUUCAUAAUGACUUUUUUAUUCUAGGAAGCCCCAACACGUCUGGGAUUACAAAAAUGUUUUACAAAUGCAAAUUUGUUGGUUUACAAAUGUGAUCAAUUGUGUUUAUUAUAGUGUAUGUCAGUGAUGCAGUAUUUUAUUGAAACUAAAGAUGAUUUUGAAUAUCCAAGAAAAUGUUUUUGUCUUGGAUAUACGGAGGGGGGGGGGUACUGACACCUUACAUGUUUUGUGUGUUGUAAUCUGGCUUGGGCCACAAAUAAUUUGUUGGUCUCAGCUUCGCCCCCAGUGGAAAUUAGUUUGCAUCACAAAUCCUCCACUCAGUUUUAAUACCCGUCAGACUUCUCUUGACCGAUCAGAGAGGGUUCAGAUCAGGGUUAAGGUGCAUUGAUUGGAGUGAAACUCUCCAAGCAUGUGCUCGAACUGUGCCUCACAUUUCACGUGCAAUAAAUUGACAUCCACCAAAUUGAAAUACAAAUAAAUAAAAUGCAUGACCUGUGUAUUUACUCUGGACGACUGAAAACAACAGAAACCACGCCCGGGAUGAGCAGUCCUAAUGUGCACAGAACUAAAGCUGAGCUGCUUAGUCUGGAUCAGCUUUCACGUCUGGGUGGUGUGUGCUGUAAGAUUUCCCUCAAACCCUGAAAGGUUUUUAAAUCAGGUAACUGCUGGGUGAGCUAGAUUGUCAAACACCACAUCCUUCUGUACAAACCUCUGUGAAUCACGUUUUGCAUGCUGUGUAGGUAUAUUGCAUGUAUACGUUGUUCAGGCACAUUCAGUCUGGUUUGGGGUACUCUAGAAGGUUGAGGUGGUCACUGAAAUCUUUUUUGAACAACACUGAGGUGCUUCCAUCACAUGAGGAACUGAUCUGUACACCUUACUGGUUACACACAGGGAUGAUCCGUACCCUGGUACAGUGUCUAGGCCUAGCGUUUCUAAAAUGUAGUAGACCAAAAAAGAUGUAAUGUAUGUUUAUGUGAGUAUCUGGUUUAAAAAAAAAAAUACAAAAGGCAAAACAGGAGGAGAACAUGUAGGGAUGUUUAUUCUUAAAAGCACAUUUUCUAUUUCUAAUGCUUCUAAAAAAAAAUCAGUGUGUGCAGUGAAGUGUCAAAGUCCUGCAUAGCCUGCUGCAUCCUUGUGAUACAAGCAAGCUGGGAUCCUCGAGGUUAAGUGUAAGCAAGUCUGGCUGUAAAGACGACCCGCUGGGCUGCAGGGGGAUGUUUUGCUUCACGGACAAGUGACCUUUACAGUCAGGAUGCUUCACAAUAAAAUACAUAAUCUCUGUGAGGCCCAGGUAUUAAAGUGGACUGCAGAAUGAAAGCAUUUUAUGCAGAUUUGAUAUUAUUGCUUCUUCCAGUAACAUUUCUUCUUGUCUAAUAAAUGAAGCGCCUUAAAAUGUUUCCAGUGCUUUUAAAUCUUCAGUUUAGACCUCUUUUUUUGUAUUUUUGUUCUUGUUAGUAAUGUUAUGUUAGUGCCUGUUGUUGCAGAUUAUCACUGGAAAAGAAACCUGGAAUUCUGUUUUUUAGUUUUAAUAUUUGGGUUUUUAAUUUAUAAUAUUUAUUUUUUCCUAAACUAACAUUUUCCAUAAUUUGUCAAGCCACAGAAUGUGAUUCCAGGUUUUACACAAUGUCUAAGGUGUUCAAGUUAUUACAUUGUUUUAAUCCUGACUGAUUUUUCAUUAAAUGGGGAUAGUUGAUUGCA